AACAAAGGUGAAAGUAAAGCUAAUUCUCCUGUAGGAAUGUCAGGUGACCUCACGGGGUUUUCCCACCUUGUGACCCUCAGAUGAUGCUGGUGGACUACAAAAAUCUCAAGGAGUCCGUGCCAGAUAUGUUUGUGCCUCUCCUGCAACCCACAAUGUUCAAGAUCGACAGUCUGAUGUCCCCGGCUUUCAGUACCAUCACCUGGACCUCGCUGGAACUGACCGCUUACUUCAAGGAGCUAGACAAGGCCUUCAGUGACAUCAAACUGCUCAUGAAGACGGUGUGCGACAUCAAAUACAUGCGUGUUGACGCCAAGCUACACCAAAUUUCGGAGACGCUGCUCUGUUUUUUACCCGGCGAGCCGCUCACUGUCGAUGAUUUCUUGCAAAAGACAAGGGAUACGACGUGCUCUGUCGCGGACAAGCUGAACAAGUCGGCCCAUAUGGUGUGCGACACGGUGCUGGAGCUGUUGAGGAUAUUCGUGAACCAAGCCUUCCUGGAGUACCGCACGCUGGAGAAAGUCUACGCCGACGAGCAGAGGAUAGCUGACCCCUCCGUGCGCAAGUCUAUGAACGCCAGCUACACCAUGACUGCCAUAGCGUCGCUGACCAACAGCACAGAGCCAGACCGGAGUCCGCUGCCCGAAGACCUGAUGACCAGGGAAGCCUACGUGACCUCGUGCCUGGCGUUGUUUGAUGACUUCAAGAACAGGAUGAUCGACGCUCUGCUCAAAAGUGUCCGCUUUUCUCUCAGCUCCCUCCGGAGGAGAUUUCUGGCCAAUUCGAGUAGAAGCAGCUCACAGGGCGUGGGCGGGGCUGGAGAGGACGACAACGUCGGAAAGAGUGGGCCCUUCUUCCAGGUGGACAUAGAGCUGGCCAUACCUGCUGUUGUGAGUGCUUCGGUUCUGAUAGUUUGUGGAUAUACCUACUGUGGUUCUUGGUCUUGAAUUCAUAAGAAAAACGUGUUCUGUAGGAGCACGGGGGGAAAACCGUUUUCUGUCGGAGUACGUUUAAGAUAAAUGUGUUUUUACUAAUCAAAAUUUAAAAUUUAUUUAAAAAACUAGGCACAUUUUCGUUUUAAUAUUUUGUCACAUGAUAGAAAUCAAUCUUUACUAACGAUUUGUGAAAUAAAAAAAAAAAGGCGCAAAAAU